AUGUCUUGUCAUUCGUAUUCAGUUACAAGCAACAAUUCUCAUUUGAGAAUUAGAAGAAUAGAAUGUUUGUGUGGACUUGAAUCUCCUUUGUGUACUUCUUGGACGUCUGAAAAUCCAGGUCGAAGGUUUCAUGGUUGUGGAUUUUAUAAGUUACAGGGUACUUCUUGUUUUGCUGCUAUGUUGUUUCAGUUACAGGGUAAAAAAUCUUGCAAUUUUUUUGAUUGGUUUGAUGAGCCAAUGACAGAACGUGCAAAAGAAGUUAUUAUGUCUUUGAUGAAAAGGAUUUAUGAAUUCAAGAAGAAAGACAAUGUGAAAAAAAAAUGUGAUGAUGAAAUGACGUUGAAGUUGAAACGAAUGAAAGGCUUUCUGGCACUUUCAUGGCUUUUGAUUAUUGUUCUUUUGGUUAUUGUAAUGUUGAAGUAA